AAGAUUGCGAGCUAAAAAAAGUUCUUAUGCCCAAAAAUUUACAAAUGCCCAAUUAAACUUAAUAACUUACAAUCAACGGUUUUAGGCCUAAAAUAAAUAAAAACUUUGCUUAAUUUAGGUAUUUCCACGCCAAUAUCCCUGAAACCUGGCAUCACUGGUGACUUGGUCGCUAGUGAGAUACUAAGUUGCAAUCCAAUUAUAAUUAUAAUAUUUUAAUUUGCGAGAAUUACUUUGUUUUAAAUCCAUUUCAUUGCCAAUAUUAGCAGCGUUAUGGUAAAUUACUACAGUGCGGAUGCAGUGCGUGAGGUUCUCACCUGGCCGCUGGUCAAUAAAGCAGUGGAAUCUGCACUUUUAGCUAUUGUUAAAGAGGAUCACAAAAUGCCCUCCACAUCCUUUGCCUUUCAACCGAAGAGGACUUUCACCGCAUGCGGCAAGGAACCUGGCAAGAUUCUGCUCACCAUGCCCGCCUAUGUGGGAAACUACAAGCUGAAAUCGCCAAGGGAUCCUGGGGAAGUGGAGCACACCCACUCCACACUGGCCUGCAAGUUGGUGACCUCGUUCAGUGGGAAUCCCCGCCGCGAUCUUCCGCUGCCCAGCAUCCAAGCCCAUGUGCUGUUGUUCGACAAUCAAACCGGUCAACUGUCGGCCAUAAUGGAGGGCACGGACUUGACCACCUGGCGCACUGUAUCCGCUUCACUGGUGGCCACCAAGUAUCUGUACUUCAGGCGCUUUGGGGCGCAGGCAGAGCAGGAAAGGAAUAUCAACGUGGCCAUAGUGGGCUGUGGAGUGCAAGGACAACUCCAUGCCGCCGCCUUUUGCGCACACUUCCGGGUGAGGCAGCUCAAUCUGUACAAUCGCACGCAUUCAAAGGCACAGGAUUUAGCGUACCAGCUGCGGCAAAAAUUGAGCACCGAGAGCGGAACCCAGAUUAAUGUUUAUUCAAGUCCUAACAAAGCUUGCCAGGAUGCCGAUAUCAUAUGCAUUGCCACGUUCUCCAAGGAGCCGCUCAUCCAGUUGGCAGAUCUGAAAGCUAACCAGGGUGUUCAUAUUAAUGCUGUGGGAGCCGGCGAAAAUCACUUUUCGGAGGUGGCUCCAGAGAUUUACCAGCAGGCCAAAGUCUACGUGGAUUGCUAUGCCAAUGCCGAGGCUGAAUUGGUGGGACUACCUGCUCCGAUCACUGCUGAAGUGGGUGAGAUCAUUCUGGAUGGAAACUAUCCCAGGGAGGCAGAAAUCAGCAUCUUUCAAUCCAUGGGCAUGGCCUCGGAGGACGCCUGUGUGGCCCAGGCGGUUCGGGAUGCACUUUUUCUACCGCAAAGAUGUCCAGCUGGCAAAGCAAUUCCUUAACCAGCCCAAGCCAAACCAGUAAAUUCUGAAACUUUUAUGUGUAUAUGCGUGUAUAUAAAAAAGCAUUUGGAAACAUAA